UGAUCUGAAGGUAUUUACUCACAAAGGAACGUUGGAAUCGGAAUCGGACCGUAUUUCACACCGUUAUUAUGAUAUACCGGAUUAACAAGUUGUGCUAUGAAAGCCACGCCUUCUCUAUGGAUUAGAGUUUAAGUCUUGUGGUCAUUUGCAAGACAUUUUUGCGAUUAAUUAUUAAUUACUUUUAAGUGCAGCAGAAAAAAAAAUACUGGUACAUAAUAAAUGUGUUAUGUAUGAUAACCUUAGCUAGUUGUCUUUGGAAUAUUACUGGUGAAUUAGCAACGGCUAAAAUGGUGCAGAGAAAUUGGUUAAGGGCGUUGCCCCUUUUCUUUAUUUUCAUUUGCCAAGUAUGUAUAUGCAGAAGUGAAACUAGCGGACCAAUGACACAGUGUAAGCAGCAGAUUUUAGAUCAGAACAACGCAGAAGCUUCGGUGGCCCAGAUGUGUUACAAAUCCUACGCCAGUGGCUCCACUUUCGUGUUUCUAGAUGCUUGGUCGGCAGCCAGUGCGAUGACACUAGGUAGCGCUUCUUCGUGCACGUGCACUCUUUCAAUAGAAAAGACGGACGAAUCUCGUACCACAAGUUUAGGUAUCAGCCCGUAUGUUAGCUGGACUGGGGAAAACAGCGGCUGUGGGACGGAAAUGAACAUUAACACUGCCGGAAAAAAUAGCACCAUCAAAUGCACUGAUAUAAGCACAACCUAUAGAGGAAACCAGGCAAAAUUUACGUUAUCGCGUGACGUCACCUCCCAAGCAAACGAUUCUAGUUACAACUACUGCUGGCUUAUUUAUGCACAAGGCAAUGCCGAGAAUAUCUCUUUAUCAUGUGAGGCAAUUAAUAACUCACAAACAACCACACAGCCGCCAUCAUUGUCUACUAGACCCACAACACUAACGGCGACAUCAGGGUCAGCUGGAAAUACCACACAGAUAGCCUCUUCAGCUACUACGAAACCUACAACACACGAGGAAACACCAGCUCCGACGCAGUACGAAACACCACUUACAACUAAAUCAGUCACUACAAAACAAACAACAAUACCAAUAGUAUCUACAACUGAAAGGCAAACGACAAUUUCGCCUGUAAGUACAACACAGAGGGAAACUCUGAAGUCAUCUGAAUCCAGUACAAAGAAAGACACAGUCACGACGACAACAUCCACAACACAAAUAAUGACGACCACACCAAUGCCAACAGCAAACUCAACUUUAUGUACAACUCCAAAAACUACAGUAGCAAUCACAGAAUCAACAGGAACAAGUAAACCUACUACACAGAAAGAUACAGCUGGCACAACUACACCUACUACACAGAAAGAAACAACGGGAACAACUAAACCCACUACACAGAAAGAAACAACGGGAACACAGAAAGAAACAACUGGCACAACUACACCUACUACACAGAAAGAAACAACUGGCACAACUACACCUACUACACAGAAAGAAAUAACGAAAACAACUACACCUACUACACAGAAAGAAACAACUGGCACAACUACACCUACUACACAGAAAGAAACAACGGGAACAACUACACCUACUACACAGAAAGAAACAACGAAAACAACUAAACCGACUACACAGAAAGAAACAACUGGCACAACUACACCUACUACACAGAAAGAAACAACGAAAACAACUACACCUACUACACAGAAAGAAACAACGAAAACAACUAAACCUACUACACAGAAAGAAACAACUGGCACAACUACACCUACUACACAGAAAGAAACAACGGGAACAACUACACCUACUACACAGAAAGAAACAACGAAAACAACUAAACCGACUACACAGAAAGAAACAACGAAAACAACUAAACCCACUACACAGAAAGAAACAACUGGCACAACUACACCUACUACACAGAAAGAAAUAACGAAAACAACUAAACCCACUACACAGAAAGAAAUAACGAAAACAACUAAACCGACUACACAGAAAGAAACAACUGGAACAACUAAACCCACUACACAGAAAGAAAUAACGAAAACAACUAAACCGACUACACAGAAAGAAACAACUGGAACAACUAAACCGACUACACAGAAAGAAACAACGGGAACAACUACAUCUACUGGAUCAAAAGAAACAACGGACACAACCACCCCUACUACACCAAAGGAAACAACUCGUAUAACCACACGCACUACACAGAAGGAAACAACAGGUACACUAACAGCCACUACAUCAACAGAAACAACGGAAAAGCCCACUACACAGAAGAGAACAACGUCAAAGCCUACGACACAGAAAGAAACAACUGCAAAAACCACAACACAGAAGACAACGGCUACAACUACAACACAGAAGGAGACAACGGCAACACCCACGACACAUAAAGAAACGACGGUGACACCUACUACACAGAAGGAAUCAACGACAAAACCUACGACACAAAAGGAAACAACGACAAAACCUACGACACAAAAAGAAACAACGACAAAACCUACGACACAAAAAGAAACAACGACAAAACCUACGACACAAAAGGAAACAACGACAAAACCUACGACACAAAAAGAAACAACGACAAAACCUACGACACAAAAAGAAACAACGACAAAACCUACGACACAAAAGGAAACAACGACAAAACCUACGACACAAAAGGAAUCAACGACAAAACCUACGACACAAAAAGAAACAACGACAAAACCUACGACACAAAAGGAAUCAACGACAAAACCUACGACACAAAAAGAAACAACGACAAAACCUACGACACAAGAGGUAACAACUACACAGAAGGAAACAACAGUAACAGUCAUUUCAACAACAGAAAAAGAAACACCGGCGCAGACAGAUUCGACAACCAAAGAAGCAACUGCAACAAGUCCAGCUGAAACAACGAAGAAAGGGUCCACUGACAAAUCUACUGGAGAUAAGCAACAGACAGGAACUAAGAUUUCGUUUCCCUAUGCGGCAGUGAUUGGAUCGUGCAUCGGCGUGAUCCUAAUUGUUGUGGUUGGAAUCGUCAUAGCAUGCAUCAAUAGGGGUAAUCACUCAUAUGAAAUGAGCGGCACGGCUGCUUUUGCACCACUGACGAAUGAAAAACGGCACUUUCUGCCACCAGAUGGCGGAGAGUCCCCAGCUUCGGAGAACUUCCAUAAAAAUGACACUGGAAAUGACGACAUUGAUUUGGCUUCAUGGGAAAGUAAACCUAACACUCAAGAGCCGACGAACACUUCGUUCAUGGCAUUUUUUAACCAGUCAUAUAGCGGAAAUGAUGUCCCUGAUAUACAAGUGUCCGAAGUUCCAGAUUCAUAUCCGAAUGCUGAGCAUGUUCCUGAACCAGAUAGACAGGAAGAAGCUGUAAAUGACAUGAUAGAUAUACUUGUUAAUCCGGACUCUUGAUGUGUUCUGAUAUUAAGGGAAUUGACAAGUGGCAGAUAUGUGUUCGAGAAUAUCAAACUAUAUCAGUCUGCUUUUCUUUAGGUUACAUUUACAUUAGAUUUAAUCUAAGUGAAAUAAGAUUUGUGAAUCCGAAAGUUAGCUCUAGCCUAUGAUUAAAUUGCCUAUCAAAAGGAGAUUAAUUAGUGUAUUGUCUAACAGUAAUUCAACCCUUACCUUGCUAAAUUUCUAUAUGAACUUGUCCAUCUUCAGUUUGGACAGUACCAUUAACUUUUAAAAUUGGUGCUUACCAAAAAUAACACUGACUGAAUGGCGAACAGUGCAGAUCAUGAUCAGACUGCACGGAUGUGCAGCCUGAUCAUAAUCUACACUGGUCGCAAAGACAGAAUAAGUCGUGUUUAGCUAGAUAAGGGUUAGUCUUCUUCGCGGUUUUUUAUUGUAUAGAUGUCAUAAGAAAUAAAUGGAAGUUGUUUAAAAAUGGUCAGGUAUUAAAAGUAAAGAGUAAGAUAUCAUUUGGAAAGCAUUUAAACUGUUGCUUUUCCAUAAAGGUUUAGACUUCUAUUUUGCCUGUAUCCUUACGUCUUAAACCCUCCGCCUUGCAACGCCAUUAUUUCAUCCAAUAUAACACAUGACACUUAGUAGAACAUGGUGCUCCCCCAUCAUUCCUACACCUUUAAUAACGCAUAAAUAAUUCAACUGAGAAUAAUUUUACGGGAUUCAUCUUAAGGGCAUGUGCACGCUACACAUUUUACACCUCCCUUGAUGAUAGUGACUCUGUAAUGCUAGAGUGCUAGCAGACCUUUUAAUACUUUUCUUAUUUGAUAUACAAAUUAAUUUGUUACAAUGUUUAUUUAGAUCUGCACAGUUCUGCAGCAAUCUAGAAGCAACUUUUUAGUCUUGUUAGAUAUUAUACAGGCAAGAUAAACCUGUUUGAUAGACGUUUUAGAAAACGUUAUAAUUUUUGACAAAUUGGAUCUAGAUGUUUGUUCUUUCCAAAGAUGAGACUAACAUAUGUCUGUCUAAACGCCUUAGUGUACAUGUCUGGCCGUGGUUUUAAAUAUGCAAAAGGUGUUGUAAUAUUAGCUGAUUUACGAUGCGAGGCAGACAUUAUGUGACGUGGACACUAUACCAUGAUAAUAUUUCGAGUUAAUUGCAAUAUGCUGACACGUUUUGAAGCAUUAUUGUCACUCGUUCUCAUGUAUGUAUUAGUAAUAGUAUAAUUGUGUAUAUGUUAUGUGGUUUUCAUGGUUAUGGCUCACAUUCCAUAACGGCUAUGGUGGCCCGAACGACCGACUUUUAACGACCUUUCAUUGGUCUAUAAUGAUUACGCUAAAACAAUUGUUUAUAGUUUUCUCGUAUAAAAAUUCCCAUCGUUUGUGAAAAAAUAUAUAUAACAACGCCCACGAAACACAUGGAGCUAAAUAAGGACAUCAUAAUUAUACAGUUAUCAAAUGUAUAGGAAUAUCCUUUGGAAGCAAAUAACUUGCACGCACGCACGCGCACACACACGCACGAAUGCAUGCACGUACAUAGAACUCCCUUAUACAAUACCAUUGAUACAUGUAAACAUGUGGUAUAUCUGAAAUAAUAAUUGAAAAAGUGUGGCUUUUAAGACCGGGAUUCAUUUUAAGAUGCUAAUCCACUUAAAAUGUACCAGAGGUCAACUUGUUGCAGAAAUCUUUCAUUAGAGAAUAAUAGUUGUGUACCAUUAUCUAAAGGUUUCCCCUGACAACAUGAAUUUUGUUGUUUUGCUGUUUGAUGGAUUUGGCGCUCUAGGUUCUAAACCCCUCCCUAUUCCUAAAAUAUUUUUGUUUACGCGUGUGUAUGAAUAUUUAAAGGUAUUGUCAACCGACUUGUGUACUAAAUAUGUUUUUAAUUUUAAAAAAAUAACAUAGGAGGAUUUCUAGAUUUUCGUUCAUGCCACCGUCCAGUUGAUGGAAUAUUCAUGUAGUUACUGUCAAACAAACAAAUGUAUAUAAACCUUAAUUAUUUGUUGUAAUUGUGUAUAUAAAUAAAGUUGAUUUUUGUUUGUUUACAAAUUACUAGUAUAUGUGUGUAUACAUAAAGAGCAUAUGUGUUUGUGUCUGUGCGUGACUGUUGAGUCACUGACAGAGCACAAGAUGCAAUAUUUCCAUGGUGAGUGGCAUAGCCACGAGUAAAGAUGUAACAUCCUUUUUUUUAUAUUUGAUAUACAUAAGAUAUUUUGAUGAUGAUAUGUUUUCACUCUUUUAUAUGAUUUUUUACUCACUGAUGAACAUGCAAUAAAAUGCUUCUUUUUGUUCUAAUA